AUGACGACAAUGGACCUCCGCGUCGGCAACAAGUACAGAAUCGGCCGCAAGAUUGGUAGCGGCAGUUUCGGUGACAUCUACCUCGGUACCAACAUCAUCUCUGGUGAGGAGAUCGCCAUCAAGCUCGAGAGCGUCAAGGCGAAGCACCCCCAGCUCGAAUAUGAGGCCCGCGUCUACAAGUCGCUCGCUGGCGGUGUCGGCAUCCCCUUUGUCCGCUGGUUCGGAACCGAGUGCGACUACAACGCCAUGGUCCUGGACCUGCUCGGCCCUUCCCUCGAGGAUCUCUUCAACUUCUGCAACCGCAAGUUCUCCCUGAAGACUGUUCUGCUCCUCGCCGAUCAGCUCAUCUCCCGCAUUGAGUACAUCCACGCCAAGUCCUUCAUCCACCGCGACAUCAAGCCCGACAACUUCCUUAUGGGCAUUGGCAAGCGCGGCAACCAGGUCAAUGUCAUCGACUUUGGUCUGGCCAAGAAGUACCGCGAUCCCAAGACGCACUUCCACAUUCCGUACAGAGAGAACAAGAACUUGACUGGUACCGCCCGCUACGCCUCCAUCAACACUCACUUGGGUGUCGAACAAUCCCGCCGUGACGACAUGGAGUCUCUGGGCUAUGUCAUGCUUUACUUCUGCCGUGGAUCCCUUCCCUGGCAGGGUCUUAAGGCGGCCACCAAGAAGCAGAAAUACGACCGCAUCAUGGAGAAGAAGAUGACGACUCCCACCGAGGUCCUCUGCCGUGGCUUCCCCAACGAGUUCGCCAUCUACCUCAACUACACCCGUUCCCUCCGCUUCGAUGACAAGCCCGACUACUCGUACCUCCGCAAGAUUUUCCGCGACCUCUUCGUCCGUGAAGGCUUCCAGUACGACUACGUGUUCGACUGGACCGUCUACAAGUACCAGAAGAACGCCCAAGCCAUCGCCCAGGCUGCCAACCAGGGCCAGGGCGAGGAAGACGACAAGGGCCGCGGACGCCACGUCACCACCACCGCCGCUGCCAACGCUGGCACGGCAGCUGGCACCAAGCGCGGUCCGGUCAACGCGCGCCAGGAGGGCACCGGAAUGUGA